AUGUUGGCAAACACGGUGCUUCCCUCGCACCAGAGUCCAGAGUCGAACAAGGUGACCACUGGCCGGUAUUACGAUGACCUCUGCCAGUCAAAUGAUCAUUCAUCUCUUGUCUCACAACUCCGCGCACAUGGUCUCAGUUUGGAUGACCGUGGGACAAGUCAACCCCAAUCCCCCAUUGCUCCGUAUACCCAAUACGCCUUCGUCGAGUCGCAACAAUUGAUGUCGCUCCCUUCCGAAGAUGUAGCACUUCUAACAUCGAAAGAUUGCUUCAGUUUGCCAAACUCCAAUUCAAUUGACGAGUUUGUUCGGGAGUACUUCAAGCAUAUUCACCCAUCGCUAUUGUUCGAACUGAGAACCGAAAGAUGGUCUCAUGCAAAUGCACAAGGCGCCGUUCUUCUUACGCAUUAUACCUCUACGGAAGACCCCGAGGCUGGAAGCUUAUGGGUCACAAGGGCCAUUGAGCAUGCCAUGUUCAUCGAUAGUCAUCCAUCCUUGGUGGAAAAUGUGACAAUAUCGCUCAAGAAACGCCUUUGGUGGUCUAUCAUUCUUCGUGACCAAAGCCUGUGUAUUGGCCUACGCCACCGUCCUCGGGUGACCUCAAUCGGCUUCCAUGGAUGGAGUGAUUGGCUGAGUACAGAGGAUUUCAGUGAAGAGUUGUAUCAAUCUCGAGUCUACGACUAUGAGACCAAGAAGCGUUUACUAGACGAACUUCAGAAGCAAUGUGAGUUAGCAGUCGUACUCACAGAUCUGGACAUCUUAGAGGAAAUGUGGCCAACAUCCUGA